AUGGGUCCAAAGACAAUCUACGACAAGCUGUUCGACCGCCAUGUCGCCGUCGAAAAGGAUGAUGAUAGACAUAUCAUCCACGAAGUGUCAUCGCCACAAGCAUUUGCAGGUCUUGAAGCUCAGGGACGAAGUGUCAGACGCCCUGAUCUUACGCUUGCAACUUCAGAUCACAAUGUGCCCACUACACCUCGACCUCGUCGUAUGAAAGAGCCAACCGCUAGGCUACAAGUCCAGACUUUAGAACGCAACGUCAAAGCCCACGGAAUUCAAUACUUGGGACUAAACUCCAAAGCACAGGGCAUAGUGCACGUCAUUGGGCCUGAGCUUGGCUUCACCCUUCCCGGCACGACCUUGGUCUGCGGCGAUAGUCACACGAGUACUCAUGGAGCCUUCGGGGCGCUUGCAUUUGGUAUAGGUACUAGUGAAGUUGAGCAUGUGCUUGCCACGCAGACAGUUUCCACUUCAAAAUGGAAAAAUGUGCGAGUUUGGGUUGAGGGUGCACUGUGUAACGGCGUUGGGUCCAAAGAUCUAAUGUUGUAUAUUAUCAAUAAAAUAGGAACUGCCGGUGGCACGGGAGCUGCAGUCGAAUUUGCUGGACCAACGAUCGAAAGCUUGAGCAUGGAGGCUCGUAUGUCUCUCUGUAAUAUGACCAUCGAAGCUGGGGCCAGAGCAGGCAUCAUUGCUCCAGACGAUGUAACGUUCGAAUAUAUAAAAGGACGCCCUCUUGCUCCGGAUGCUUCAGUGUGGGAUGAAGCAGUUCACACUUGGAGGAGGCUCAAAUCAGAUCCAGAAGCACGCUUUGACCAGGAGAUCAAAAUCGACGCCACCGACGUUACUCCCACCGUGACAUGGGGUACUUCUCCUGAGCAUGCCGUGCAUGUGGGCGGACUUGUUCCACAUCCUGAGAGUUUUCGUGAAGAGUCGAAACAACUAAACUGUAAACAAGCGUUGCAGUACAUGGGUCUCGAGGCCGGCACACGAAUGACCGAUAUUCCCAUUGACAAGGUGUUUAUCGGAUCCUGUACUAAUGCACGAUUGGAGGACUUACGGUCUGCCGCAAAUAUAUUGCGAGGGAGAAAAAUAUCGCCUAAUAUAAAGGCAGCACUGGCUGUACCAGGGUCUGGGAUAGUUAAACAACAAGCUGAAAGCGAGGGCCUCGAUCGUGUGUUUAUAAAUGCAGGCUUCGAGUGGAGAGAGCCAGGCUGCAGCUUAUGUAUCGGAUUAAAUGAGGACCAGCUGAAUCCUUAUGAACGGUCUGCAAGCACCAGUAACCGAAACUUCGAAAAUCGCCAAGGUACUGCUGGAAGAACACAUUUGAUGUCGCCUGCUAUGGCAGCGGCAGCGGCAGUUCAAGGAAAGAUCACCGACGUACGCGACUUUCAUUGCGAGAAAAUAGAAGCGUCUGUGCCGUUAAGCUAUCCAGAUAACCUGGAUGAUGAUUCAAGAUUUGAUGAACCAGAAGAGUCAUCUCAGACUAGUGAUCGGGUCGUGGAAACAGUCAACAAAGUCUUCCGAAGUGUCGAGGGUUAUGUGGCUAUCAUGGACCGCGCUAAUGUCGAUACCGACUGCAUCUUACCAAAGCAGUUUUGCACGACAAUAGUGAGAACUGGGCUUCGGGACGGGCUAUUCCAUAACUUGCGCUGGAGUCCAGAGGGGAAGCCUGAGCCAUCCUUUGUUCUCAACCAGAAGCCGUACGACAAAGCUAGUGUGCUGCUCUGCACAAAGCCAAAUUUCGGUUGCGGAAGCUCUCGAGAACACGCCGUCUGGGCACUGGUAGAUUUUGGAAUCACAUGCGUGCUGGCACCAAGUUUCGCUGAUAUAUUUUUCAACAACUCUUUCCAAAAUGGACUUCUUCCAGGAAUCGUGAACAAUGAGACUAUAUCAGCCGUGGAGAUCCACGCCCAAGCAGGCCGCAAGAUCAAGGUCGACCUUGAAAGCCAGAGUAUCUUUGAUGAUAAUGGCGCUAAAAUAGGGUCAUUCGAAGUAGACCAACACAGAAAGCAGCGACUUUUGGAAGGAUUAGAUGAAAUCAGUACAGCUUUACUGCUUGAGAAUCGCAUUGCCCAGCACGAAUCACAAAGAAAAACCAAAUGGCCUUGGCUAGACACAUGCGUCACCACUGGAUGGGGCAAAUUAUUAGGACAAGGAAAAAGUCGAUUGCCCUCUGUCAGACAAGAACCCGAGCUUAAUUGGUGA